AGGUGGCAGUAACAGUCGUUCCUCCAGCUGAACCACAGAAGAAGAGACACAUACUCCUGUGUUAUUACACAGACGUGGUGGAUCCGCCGGUGAGGAGCAGGACAGGUGCUCUCUGGAUAUAUGACACACUUCAGGGGUCAGAUCCGGGGGCCACACUGGGGUCCGACCAUGGACAACCUGCUCAUAGACUUCUGGCGGAAACACGAGUGUCUUUAUAACUCCUCGGCUUCUUCUUACUACGACAAAGACCUGAAGACCAGGCUGUGGAGCGAGUUCGCCUCAUCCAUCGGAAAGUCUGUAUCUGAUGUUGAGAGAAGAUCCAGAUCCCUCCGGACUCAGUACGGGCGGGUCCUGUAUCACCCAGAGAGGGUCCACACAGCCCAGCAGGAGAUGCUGAGGGAGAAGCUGGAUUUCCUGAGGCCUUACAUAGUUCGCAGGCGCGGUGAUCCACAUCUGGGGGAAAAGUUUGAUGAUCACGAGGAGGACAAUGAGGAGCCGGAGACUGAGGGAAGUAUUGAUCAGGAGAUGGGGAGCUCAUUUGGCAGCCCGCUGGAUGCUGAUGAGACUGGACGAGAUCUGGAUGAUGAGCCUCCGUCUGGCGCCUCUGCCCUUCGCUGUCCAAACCAACAGCCUCAAGUUACAGACGUCAUGUCUUUGAGCUGUCUGCACCAUCACAACAACACAGGCUCCUCCAACCAAACAGCAAACACAUCCAAACACGACCUACUAAACCAGUUUGCAGAGGUGAUGUUGGCAGAUAUGCGUCACAUUAAAGACCCCAUGGUGCUCAUGAGACUCCGCCGAGACAUCACCGACCUGGUGCUCACAGCGGUGGAGGAGGACGCGCAGAGACGAUGCAUUCAAGCGCCGUCCGUGCCCGGGCAGUCGUGGAGCUGCUCCAGGCCCGAACAGCCGUGUUCACAGACUAACUACUCCUGGAGGCAGAAGUUUCUGAAGAGGAAGAGCAAAGGCUGCGAGGUCGGGAGGAGGAGGUGGGAGGAGACGGAGCACACGAGGAGAACGUCCAGGAGUCAGUUAUCGCAGCCCGUCCAGCGAGGUCAGGCACUGGAGGGGCUGAGCCUGAGCAGCUCUCAGGUUAUCAUUCAGGCUUCUGAGAUCAAACGAGAGACAGACGCUCACACGGUGAAGACAGAGGAGGAGGAGAAUCUCCCACCGGCUUGAAAAUGUUACAAAGUUAACGCCAUUAUUCAUGUAGGUUAGGAGGCCUCUUAAAGGGCAACUCCACCAUUUUCGCACAUUAAAAGUGUGUUUACAGGUGUUGGUCUGCAUCUCAUCUGAUGAAGUGCCUCCAGUGAUGUCACUCAGUGGGCGAGUUGCAUUGUGGGGAAUGUAGGAAAGAAUGUAUGGAACAAUAAAGGCGAUAUCUCGGGUUCUGCUGUAUCAAUUUGAUCUGCAGUGAAAACAUGUUAUAGGAGCACAACUCUGCUUUUAAAAACAUGAAUUCCACAUUACCCACAAUGCAACUGUCUCUGGAGCUACAAAAGGCUUUAAACUACUUUGUUUACAUAUGCAGUAGAUCUCCACCAACACCUGUAAACACACUGAAUGUGUGAAACUGCUUAACAGUAGAAAACUGAUUAUGAUAAAUAAAUUCCCUCUUUGCCAACCAAAACUCCUGAACUAUGUAAUAUUAUUAUUAGCACAGAUUAACACUUUGUAGAGGAUUUCCACAAUUGACCACACUGAUAUUAGAAAAAGCAGCCGAAUCACCGGAAUG